AUGUUAUUUUAUAUUAUCACUGUAAUAUAUGGAUCAAUUAGUGUAUAUUCAUAUAUUAUAUCAGAUUCCAGAAUAAAGUAUGGAAAUAUUCCUAAUUACACACGAUUAGAGUCAGAUGAGAUUAUCCAGAAUUUAAAUCCUACGAUUUUGUCAAAUCUCGAAAAAAUAGGAAUCCAGAGUCUAAACCAAUUGCAAUACGAAUGUAUUCCAAAGAUUCUUGACGAUUACAUAAAGAAUGUGUGUAUUUUAUCGCAAACUGGCACCGGGAAAACACUAUCAUACUUGGUCCCAAUUGUACAAAUGAUUCUUAAUUCGGAAGAAGAAUCAACUUGUGUAGUUAUAGUCCCAAAUAGUAUUUUGAUGUAUCAAGUUUAUGAUGUUUUGAAUAACUUAACAAGCGGACUUAAUAUUAAAGUCAAGACUGUAGACGAUGUUGAAAAGGGAAAAGUACCAAACAUAGUCAUAUCAUCUCCAUUAAAAUUACUCAACAAAUUCAAAACGUAUUCCUUAAACUAUAAUUUUGAUGCUUUUAAAACUGUUAAAUACCUGGUCCUGGAUGAAGUUGACCAGUUAUUUGUUCAUAAACAGAUUAUAAUUGAGAUUCUCAAAAGGACUAAGAAUAGGUGUAAGACAAUUUUAUCGUCUAGUACAUUGCCAGAUUAUGGAACGAAAAGUGAUUCUAACACUGUAUCUAAAUUGUUUAAGAACUGUUCAUAUAUAAAGUCGCAAGACUUACAUAAGAUUCCUUCCAAAGUUUCACUUGAAUUCAUUAAUUACAAAGAUGAAGAUGAUAGAGGAAUGUUAAUUUUAUAUAGGUUUAAUAAAGUUGUUGAAUAUCUGUAUUCAAAUAAUGAUCGCAUGAUAAUUUACUGUAACAGUUCAGUAAAUUGUGAGAAAUUGUAUAACAAAUUGUCAAAUCUCGGGAAAAAUGUACACAUCCUGAACAAGAACAUUGAUCUUAUGGAACAGCUUUUGAUCCUGACUAGUUUAGACAAGAAGAUGAUUAUAUUGUCAACUGACCACAGUAGUCGAGGUGUUGACUUUAAGAAUAUUAAGACUGUUAUACAUUACGAUUUCCCAACCAACGUCGUUAAUUUUAUACACAGAACUGGUCGAGUUGGGAGACAUGGGAAUGAAGGCAAUUGUCUUGCCUUUUGGUCAGAGUCUGAUGAGUUUUUGAAAAAUCACAUUGAAAAUAAUUUAAAUUCGUUUGUUGAUUGUUUUAUUAUAUUUUUUAGACUUUCGAAGGUUUUUAGUAGGAAAAGAGGUCUUCGAAAGAAGUUUAAAAAGGCUCAAAAGUUACUAGAACCUACCCUGUCUCAAGAAAUUUCCAGUGAGUCUCAAGAAUAUUCUACUGAAUCUGUUUAA